AUGAGCGACGAUCGCCAGCAACCGAGGGAGCUGUUAAGGGGUACCAAUGGAUGGUACUUCUUGGGGAUGAACAAGCAUGCCGAUGCAGCAGCGGCUGGUGUGCCCGAAGGCGAUGAACCCAUGGACGGUGGUGCUGGACGGUCGGCUGAUACAGACAACGACGACAUGGAAGAACGGGAGGUCGAAGGCGCUGUCCAGGACGCGCGGUUCCAAACUAUCGAUCAGGAUAGUUCUGUGCUGGCCACGCCCCUGGCGGCAUCGUCGCCGCCCCGGUUGGCCCCAUUGACACCAGACCAGCGUGUGGAUAAAUUGAGAUCCUUGAUCGAGCAAGUCCAGCAGACGUUGCCCGAGGGAGCGAAGGAUCAGAUAUUGACCAGAAGUAUACAGAGCGGGACCCAGGUAUCACCAUCUGCUGCAGUGAAGACUACGUCUGCCAACAAUGGCGAUCCCGUUGACCAGGACGGCGAUGAUGAGGAAGAUGACGAAGUGGUUCGUACUAAGGGUGUGAAGCGGGGUCCGCGUGAUCACAAUAUGUUCAACCGGUAUUUCCGUGACUGGCUGAAAGCCAAGAAUGUGCCGCUGAAAUACGAACGAGUCAAACCAAUCUCGGCAACCCUAUUCACGGUCCAAUCGUGGCUGAAUGGUCAUGGGCCAGGGCCUGAUACGUCUCACCCGCUCCUCGAUUGGGAUACUCCAAUGAGUGAAGCGUGGAACAGUGAGACGAUUGUCGUACUUUCUAACGCCUUCCUCGGGGAGAUCGCGGUGAACAUGCACCUUCCGCUCACAGUCAGGGACUGCCCAGCCCGUCCGGCUGUAUAUGUCAACCUAACCAAGAAGCUACAGAAGGUGCAGACGGAUUACAACAAGCACCGGCUGCUUACUGCCGAAGCUUACGUUGAAGAGAAAAGCAAACUCAAGGCGGAGACUAGGCGCAAUGUCCGGCGAAAUGGGACAUACGAGCGUCGGCAGCGCAUCGUUCGCCUCAACUUCGAGACCGACCCCGAUUUAUGGAAGGAGGUUGCGAAGGUCGUCGACCUCCUCAACGUCGGCGCGAUGAGUUCCGAUCAUACGGACGAUGGCUCUACCCCCAAGAGGAAAACCGUUACGCGCGCGCGAACCCCUUGGCGUGCAGCGGAAGUAGCAGACCUGAUGCAAGCAUUGGAAAGCUAUCCGGUGGGGGGUUCGGCAGCGGGCAACAAGCCCUACCUCAGGACGUUCGAUCUUCUCAAGGCGCCGAUUUCGGGUCGCAAGGUGAUCCCCAAGUUGCCCAUUAAUUUCUACGACCGUCAUUGGUAUGCAGCCCAAGGUCAGGCGGUGAAGCAUACACUUGCUGUAGGCAGGCCAGUCUAUAUUCCGGGCCUCCCGCUCCAUUCAGAGGCGUCGUAA